CACGCCUCCGGUCCCGCCCCGCCACGUCCCUCUCCGGCGGCGGGUCCCGCCCCAGCGGCGUACCGCGCCAUGGCCUUCAGUCUCUACUCGCUGCUGCAGGCCGUCCUCCUCAUCGUCAACGCCGUGGCUGUGCUGCAUGAGGAGCGCUUCCUCCGCCACGUUGGCUGGGGAAGUGAUCAAGGGAUUGGAGGAUUUGGAGAGGAACCAGGAAUUAAGGCACAGCUAACGAACCUUAUCCGAUCUGUACGGACCGUUAUGAGAGUGCCAUUAAUAGCAGUGAACUCCGUUACAAUCAUUCUCCUCCUGUUGUUCGGUUGAAGAUACCCGUUGCGAAAUCUUUUGGACAUCCAAAGAAGCAGGUUGCUAACCACCUCUGCUCUGAGUUUUCUGGGAUCCAGCACGGUUUAGCUGUCAAUUUGACAUUCAGCUUAAAAUAAUAAAGACACUAUUUCUAUUUAUGCUAUUUCCUAACAUUCACUUGCAGUUUAAUUAAACAAGAUAUUGGGAUCAAUGCAACAAUGCUGCAAAUCUAUGGGACUGUGACAAGUUCUGUUGCUGCCUGUUAGUAGCGUUGACUGUUAGAGUACGCGUCGCGACAUAUUGCAAUGAUUGUCGGUAGGAUGCAGUUUUUAAAUGUCUCGUUACUCAGGGAUGAAUUUCCUCCAGUAUGCUUCCCAAUUUAUUUUUAAGUUAAGAAAGGCAACAGUUCUUUUUUUGCAGUUGCUACCACAGUCCUGUUGAAGAGAACACAAGUUAGGCUCUGCAAAAGUGUUACAAAUUAUUGAAGUACAGUUGUGUUAUUGAGGGAGACAAAACUAGCUGGGUAAAGCCCUGACCCAGUUCAUGCUGGAAGUCAAAUGUUCCCGGUUUGAUUGAGAACAGGAUUUUUCUCUUGGUAGUCUUUUAAAAUCAAUAACAUUCUGUGCUGAUGGGGAUUAAGUUGAAAAUAGGUGCAAUUGCUAUGGAAAAAUCUAAAAAGCUGUACCUAAAGCUGGGCAACUCUGUAUUAAUUUAGACUAGCGGAUGAUGUUAGUGAUUAGUAUUUGUUACUGUUCUGUCAAGGAUUAUUAUACUCCUUAAAAUGCACGUUAAACUUUGCGUGGUGAUUGGUGUGUUGAAAAUGGGGAACCGCUUGUGCUCCGAGCUUCUUGGGAAACGUGGGAGGGGAAUACUACGCUCUUUUCAAAUGCAAUUCUUUGUUUAAAAAAUAAUGAAUUUGCAGCCUCUUCUAUUACCUCUGCUUUUUUCCCCGCCCACUGUCUUCCUUUGUUAAUUUAGCAGCUUACUGAGGUUGGAGCUGUGGGUGUGAUCUCGCAGCUCUGUCGCAGAGAAUAUUGCAAAUUGCUCUGAUCUUGUCUCAGUUAAGGCUGCUGGGUUGGUCCAGUGUCACACAGCAAGUCUGAAUUGCAGAGGGCUGGUUCUCAUGUACUUUUAGGAAAGUUAGAAGCCUCGCAUCUGUUCCUUUACUAAAGUGCUUUAGUUUUUCUUUUUUUCUUUUUUUUUUUUUAAAGUGGGGAAGGCCAAAGGAAGGCUGGCACUUUCAUUGUUUAAAACAGCUUAGUUUAUCCUCUCUCUGUCUCGAUGACUAAAGCAUAUGCUGUUGUAUACAAAGAUAAAGCUGUAAUAUGUGUAAAUGAAUUUAACAAUCUUCAGUUGCAGUGUUUUGCAGAGUAGAGUAUAUCCAGGAGAGUUUUAUGUUGUUUCCUUUUUUUUUUUUGUAAGUGAAAACUUGUAAAUAAAUUCUGAAUCUCUAAAUUAA